AUGGACACUCCUACACUAUCCGAAGAGGUUCGCCCUUCGCCGCGCCAAACCAAGCACGAUACAAAGGAGAAAGUUCGCGCAAUCAUCCAUGAUGUCCCUGCCCCACAAGAGGUGGCUGUGCGCCCCAAAGCAUCGAAACUCUCGGUGGUCCUGAUGGUGAUCUUCUCCGGACUGGCCAUUGGCUCCGAUGGUUUCAACGCAUCGAUCAUCGGCAACCUCGAACUCAUCAUGGCGGUCAUAUACCCCCACGCUUUGACCACGGCCGUGGCGUCCCGCUUAUCCAAUGCUUUCAUGGUCGGGAUGAUCAUUGGUAUGCUGUCAUUUGGCUAUAUCUCCGACAAGCUGGGCCGCAAGACCGGCGCUGUUCUGACAACUGCCAUUCUGCUCUUGGGCAUCGCCUUGAGUGCCGGGGCCAGUGGGACGAGUCAAGACGGUAUGCUGUGGAUGUUGAUCAUUGCUCGGGGAAUUGCGGGGGUAGGUGCUGGAGGGGAAUACCCCGUGGCUGGUGCCGGCGCCGCAGAGGCAACCGACGAGGAGUCCGCCGUUCGAAGCAAGCGGGGCUUCAUCUUCGCCAUGAUCGCCGACUUAUCCGCAUCAUUGGGCUUCGCCUUCGGAGCACUGGUCCCGUUGCUCCUGUUGCUCUGUUUCCAUCAGCAGGUGCGACACUACAACGCGGUGUGGCGCAUCUCCCUGGCACUGGGUGCCAUUCCCCCGCUGUCGAUCUUCUGGUUUCGCUAUCGCAUGGCGGUCAGCUCAGCAUACAGGAAAAGCGCCAUGGUUGAGCAAAGGAUACCUUACACACUUGCGCUGAGGAAGUACUGGCGACCGUUGCUGGGGGUGUGUGGGUCGUGGUUCUUGUACAACUACAUCUCUUACCCCUUUGGUCUGUUUUCGUCCACUAUCGUCGGUCGCGUGAACCCAACCUCGUCAUUAGCCCUGACAAUGGCCUGGGGAACGCUGAUCAACUGCUUCUACAUCCCGGGGGCCUUCAUCGGCGGGUUCCUGUCGGACAGAAUUGGUCGCCGCAAGACGAUGGCGCUAGGCUUCCUCCUCCAAGCUAUCCUGGGUUUCAUCCUGGGUGGCGCAUUGAAGUACAUCGAGCGCUCCCUCCCUCUUUUCAUUGUACUGUACGGGGUCUUCCUCACGCUCGGGGAGGUUGGACCAGGCUCCACGAUUGUGCUGACUGCCAGCGAGAGCUUUCCCACGGCCUUGCGCGGACAUGGAGUCGGAUUUGCCGCUGCGUGGAGUAAGGCCGGCGCAGCCAUCGGAACGCAGGUAUUCAAGCCCAUCCUGGCCAGUUGGGGCGGUGAUGAAUUCCAUGGGACCCAGGCAGUGUUCCUCAUUGGGUCGGGAUUCGCGGUGGUUGGGGCCUUGCUCGCAUGGUUUGUGCUCGUGGAUUCCAGUGCGGAGCUGGAUAAUGGGGAUCAGGAGUGGAAGGAUUAUAUGGCUGCAAACGGGUAUGGGGAUGUGCAAUGGGGGGUUUCGACUGGGGCUGGUGAUGGGUUAGAGUCGAAGGCUGUUUGA